AGUCGUGCUAAGUUUUCGCGGCCUCCUCGGUAAACUAAUCGGAAACUUCGAAGUUAGAAUCAUUACACAACUCAAACAUAACAUUUGACACCCAUCCAUCAUUUCCUGUCUCUUUCAUCUCCACUUGCCUUCCUCUUUUCAACUCUUUUCUCGUAAACCAAAUCUUCUUAUACACACACAAUUACACAUGUCUAAUCACACACAAUAACUCACACAAUUCGGAUCUCUUUGACCUCAAUCCAACAGUAAACCAUGCUUACCAAGAGCUUCAAGGCCUCUAAAUGGCACGUGAUUCAUCUCUCGAUUUCAUGUUUAUUUAUUUAUUGUGAUUUCAUCGUAUUUGUAUUGAUUUAAUUAUGAUUUGAUGCAGCAAGACGUCGUUAAAGCUAGCGACGUCUCGAAUAAAAUUGAUGAAGAACAAGAAAGGAGUUCAGAUGGUGCAGAUGAAGAGAGAAUUAGCGCAAUUGCUCGAGUCCGGGCAGGAUCGGACUGCGAGGAUUCGUGUUGAACACUUAAUCAGGGAAGAGAAGAUGGUGGCAGCUUAUGAGCUUAUUGAGAUAUAUUGUGAGCUCAUUGCAGCACGUUUACCGAUUAUCGAGUCACAAAAAAACUGCCCUAUUGACUUAAAAGAAGCAAUUGCAAGUGUAGUUUUUGCAUCCCCAAGGUGUUCAGACAUACCAGAACUUACAGAUGUUAAGAAGCAUUUUACAGCAAAAUAUGGAAAAGAAUUCAUUACGGCAGCUCUUGAGCUUCGUCCGAAUUCUGGUGUAGGCCGCAUGGUAGUUGAGAAGCUAUCUGCAGUUGCACCAGAUGUGCAGACAAAAGCUAAAGUAUUAAAUGCCAUAGCAGAAGAACAUAACAUCAAGUGGGAUUCGAAGUCUUUUGAAGAGAAAGAAUCGAAACCUGCAGAGGAUUUAUUGAAUGGACCAAGUACUUUUGAGAAGGCUGGUGAGAUGCAAGCAGUUCCCAAGAUUCAAGUUCCACAUAUCCAAGCUACAUCUGGUUAUGACAAGCCAGUUAGACUAUCAAAUUCUAAUGAGUCAGGUUCUAGAUCAUCUUUCAAUACUCCAAACUAUUCCACCGCAGAUUCUGGUGUUUUAAACACACGCACUGGAAUUAAUCCUGACCUGAGAUCUUCAGGAAGCUGGGCUGAGAGAAUGGAAAAUAGACAGUCGUUCAAGAGAGAUGAUGCUUAUUUGGAUAGAAAACAUUGGGAUAUUGAAUUCAAGGAUGCUACUUCUGCAGCACAUGCAGCUGCAGAGGCUGCUGAAAGAGCAAGUAUGGCUGCAAGAGCUGCAGCUGAACUUUCAACCAGGGAAAAUAUUACCAGGCGGUAUUCAACUGAAUCACAAAAGUUAAAUAGACACGAUUCAAGGCAAGGAUAUUAUGCUGCAGGAAAUGGUGAAGACUUUAACAGAGAUGUUCAAGAGGAAGAUAGAAGGCAUAGCCAGUCAUCUGCUCAGAGUUAUAGCAAAGCUUCCAUCAAUGAUGACAAAUAUGUGAAUAGUAUGCAGAAGCCAGAUAAAUUUUCAGAAAAUGUAUCAUUUAAAGAGACCACGAGAGCAGAAAUGGAUAUAGUAUCUCCGAAAAAUCAUCUGAACAGACAGUCUUUUGAAGGUGGAACUAAAAGAGCAAGUGGUUGGCAAGAUAAUUUUGAUACUGAAAAUGUUGAUGAAUUUGGCGUAGCGAGCAUGGGUGAACAGCAUAACAGUAGUUCGUCUUUUUCCCAUUCAAGCACUGACAAUGAAAUUUAUACAGCCCUAGAUCAUAAAAACAGUAAAUCUAUGGCUGAUGAGGACCCUUAUGUUGGCAAUUACCAAGAAAGUGUUCAUAAUGAUGUUAAAAAGAUGGACUCGUAUAAUGAUUAUUUUGCAGAUUAUGAUGAGGACGAGUCCAAUGAUGAGAAACUUAAGUUUGAUGCGGGACCCAAGUAUGAUGAAGGAGAGUCUACAUCAUAUGCUCCUUCUCCCGAGAGGACAUCAGCUCCCUUUUCUCGAACGAGUGUAGACACCUGGAAUCCCAGAAGGGACGCAUUUAAUUCACCAGAACCCUUAACAUCACCAUCACCAGUUUCUGCUGAAAACCUGUUUUCUCCUAGGUUUUCUGAAAUCGCUGCGAAGUCGAUAAAUCCUACCGAAUCAGAUAAAGUGCCUGGGACCUAUGAUGUGGACACCCCUAAAUUUGAUAGCGAAGAUGAGUUGGAUGAUUCUACAUAUGAAGAAACAAAUGAUUCUAGAAUAUAUUCUCCCAAGCACAAAGGUUUCUCCCAGUACCCUGAACGAGCAAAAGUUGAGUCUCAGGGAUCAUUAGGAUCGGCAUUCAAAGAGAUCCAUAUACACAAGGAUGAUGUUCAUGCAACAGGCUCAGCUGAUACCCCAAAAGAUGAUAGAUUGGCGAUUCAAAAUGGCAUGGAGGGUGAAAAUGAAUUGAGUUUUGGGGCUUUGAAAGGUGGAUUUCGAAACAAGAGUUAUGUGCAUCCACCAUAUAGGAAGUUGUCAGGUGAUGCCUCAUCCUCGACAAAAGAAGUGGCUGAACAAAAUUUAAUCAGGAAGUCUUCUCGUUCCAAAUUGAUUAAUAAUGCAGAAGCAAAAUCAAGCUUCAGCAGACCGACCACUAGUUCAGACCCAGAUGCAGAUGCUGAUGAUUCAGUGGACGAAGUUAUACAAAAAGCUACAAGUGUCAGGAAAGCUCCCGAAUCUCAUAAAGUAAGAAUGAAGUCGAAGUUCAUGCCUCCAGUUGGCUCCUAUUUUGACGAUGACGAAGAAUCCACAGAAGAUGUUCCGGAAAAGACUUUUCCCGGCAGAGAUCACUUGGUAGGUGGAGCUUCUCGAAGGACAAGAGACAGUAACGGUAACUAUAUUCCCGAGUCUGUGGGAUCAGUAAACCUCCACUCUCAAAAUGAAAGAAAAUCCAAUAGCAGUAAUUAUGGUGCAUCAACUUCAACCGAGCUCAAGUAUCAGGCAAGGAUGACCUCGAGUCACACUGGUAGCGGAAAAGAGCCUGGUACUGCAAAACAAGCAACUUCAAAGCCAAUGCAAGUAUCAAAGACAUCCACACCAGAGACCAAAUUCAAACCAUCAGCAGGCGGACAACCAUCUAACCCAUAUAGAGACACAGAGACCAAGGAUAACCUUGGAAAUGUAAAGACACCGCCAGUAGAAGUAGAGCCACCAAAGAAAGAGGACCCUCCUAAGAGAGCUAGUCAUGUUCAUCCAAAGCUUCCAGACUAUCAAUCUUUAGCUGCACAUAUGCAGUCUCUUCGGUCAAAUCGUCACUGAAGUAAACUACUCAUCGUGUCUGCUUUUGUUAAUACCCUCAUCAGUCUUGUGAUUGACAUUCAUUUUCUCUUGCUGCCAAAUUACAGAGUGAAUAUAUACGUAGUAUACAGAAAGAAAUAGUGUUUGAUUCAUCUAAUUUUCAGUAUACUUAUGGAGUACACUUACUUUCAGCAUUAUUUGCUUUGUUGGUAUAUCAAACAUGUAUUUACUGUCAAUGAGCCUUGUAAAUUUAUUGCUUGAGAUCCCGAAAACAUUACACAUUGAUUCUUAAAUGACUAAAGCGAUUUUUGAUUUUA